UGGUAUUUAAUUUUCUGAGUCACAGUGGGUGUUUUUAUUUUUUGAAAUAAUAAACAUUGAAUUGAAGACUAUCUAGUCUGCGGUAAUGCAUUAUAUUAUCGAUUAAAAUGAGUUCUGGAUCACGAUGGGGUAACAGAAGAAAAGAAGAGGUUGAUCUUUCUCAGCUCCUGUCAGAACUCGAUGAGCUUUUUUCUGAUGAGCCUUUUGAUCCUGAAGAUUACGUUGAAAGACUGUCUUGGAGAAUAGGAGGAAUUCAAAGUGAUAAUGAUGGAUUUGAUCCAGCUGCUUUGCAUAAAGCAUUUGAGCAGGCCAUCCAGCAUCUCCAUUUGGGUUACGAUACAAAACAGCGGCAGUGUGGAUGCUUAGAAAUGAUAUGCCGAGAAGAAGAGAAAGCGCAUUGGGAAAAAAUUAAAGAACUUAUUGAAAAAAAUAAAGCAGCUUAUGAAACUUUUCAUGAACUUGAUGAAAGGAUCGACUUUGUUGCAACUAAAGUUGUCCAUCUUGGUGAUCAGUUAGAAAGUGUUAAUACUCCACGAGCUCGUGCAGUAGAAGCCCAAAAGCUGAUGAAUCAUUUUGCUGAACUUCUUAGCCCUGAACCUGAGACAGGUGGUGUGCUGAAUGACCCUGACAAGCUUUUUGAAGCAGCAGAUAUUAUUCAAAAACUUCAUCUUAUUGCCCAAGAAUUGCCAUCUGGAAAGCCUAAAUUUGAAAAAGCUCGCCAGCGAAUUGCCAAGAAGUAUGACGAAAUUGAGCGGCAGUUGAUCAGUGAAUUUGUUAAAUGUCAUCAAUUGGGUAAUUUUGCCAGGAUGAAGGAAAUAGCUAGCAUUCUAUCUAAUGCUAAAGGGUACUCUGAGUGUAUCGAUGCUUUUAUUGAAGAAAGACAAGUGAGUUUACCAUCUAGUGGUGAUAUUUUAACUAGAAUAGUGCCUUCAUGCGUGGAAGCUCUUUCUGUAAUGCAGGAAGUGUUUGCAAACCCUGAGCAAGUUAUGUCAAAAUAUAUUCUCAACAUAUUUUAUCAAAAGCUACAGGAACAUAUUAAACACGAGUUAACAGACUGUGGAGAUCCAGAGAGAUAUUUAGAAAAGUUUGAAAGACUAUAUUCAAGGACUGUGAAGCUUAAUCAAGAUUUAAUAGCCUGUAAAAUUGGGACUGAUCCAUCACUUUUGAAUAAAUUACCAAAAAAUGUAUUUGCCAAGUAUUUAGAAAAUUACAUUGCCAUUGAAUCUCGUUGUUUGAAAGACAAAUGUGAAAGCACAUUAAAUAUGUAUUACAACUCUAAAAACCACCAGAAAAAGCAAAUACACUUUGGAGGCAUUCAUGACCUUCGGAGGGAUAUUCAGGCAAGAAUAGGAUCUAGAACAAACAUAAUAAGCCCUGUUGUUGAUAAUUAUGGUGGUGAAACAUUUUUAUCUGAAGAAGUUGCUAUGAAUAUUUUACAAGAUUGUAAAAGAGCCUUUAAUCGAUGCCAGUUGUUGUCAAAGCAGCUGUCAGAAUUACCUGGAAAUGCUGUUAUGUUAUUUGAUCUAUUAUUACAUUAUUUAUUUCAAGAGCAUGUUUCUUAUGCUUUAGAGCUUGGUUUGUUAGCUAUUCCAUUAGCAGAGCCCAAAUCUCCACCAGAAAUAUAUUUUUUUGAUGUCAUCCGCCAGUGCAAUGCAAUUUAUCAUUUGUUUGAAAAGCAGUUUGCUGACACAGUUGUUCCUCUUGUCAUUUCAACACCAAAGCAUGGAGAUUGUCUACAAAAGAAAAAACGUACUGUUGAAGAAAUGGAAGGAAAGCUUCAUACAGGACUUGAAAGGUGCAUUACUUCAGUUUUAGGAUGGGUGAAAUUUCUACUGCAGUCUGAGCAAAAGAAAACAGAUUUUAAACCUGAAACAGAAAUGGCUACUUUUGAUGCUGACAAGUCCACUACUGCUUGUAGCUGUGUGGUUAAAUUCAUAACUGAAUGUGUUAGAAAGAUCAAAGUUACUCUUGAUGGAAAAAAUCUAGAAGCAGUUUUAACAGAGCUUGGAACACGACUACAUCGUGUGAUACUUGACCAUUUACAACAGUAUCAAUACAGUUCAAUAGGUGCUAUGGUUGCUAUCUGUGAUUUAAAUGAAUACCGUCGUUGUGUUAGGGAAUUUCAAAUUCCUCUACUAAACACUUUGUUUGAAACUCUGCAUGCAUUGUGUAAUCUGCUAGUUGUAGAGCCGAGUAAUCUGAAGCAGAUGUGUACAGUGGACCAGCUAGCUUGUCUGGACCGCACAGUUUUAAUGAACUUUGUCCAGUUGAGAGCAGACUACAAAACCGCAAAACUUGUUAAUCAGUUCAGAUAAAAGUAUUUUAUGUAUGAAAGUUAUGAAAUAUGUGUUUUAUUAAAAAUAUUGAGUUUGUUAUAGUUCAAAUUGUAAAUUAUAUUUGCUAAUA